AUGGCGAUCACCAAUGGCAAAGUGGCACCGGUUCGUAAGCUCAAGAUACUGAUGAUCCACGGCUACACACAGUCUGGCCAUUCAUUUGAGAUCAAGACCAAAGCCCUCAAAAAGUCUUUGGAGAAACACUUCCCUACUGCCCCUAAACCUGGACAUCUACGACAGUAUCCUGGUGGCCUGGAGUUAGUGUAUCCCACAGCGCCACUCAGGCUCGAUGUGACCGACAUACCUGGCUUUGAUGUGGAUGGGGACAAAGAAAGUCCUGAAGCUUACGGCUGGUGGCGUCGGAAAGGCGACGGCGAACCGUACACCUAUGAAGGCAUGGAGCAGGGCCUCGCGAGGCUAGCACAAGUGCUGAAGGACGAAGGGCCCUUCGACGGUGCUAUAGGCUUCUCCCAAGGUGGUGCAGCAGCCGGUAUGCUUGCUUCACUGCUCGAGACUGGACGACGGGAAGCCUUCGAAGCCGCACAGAGUAAAGGCGGUAUGAGGUAUCCUGACCCGUUUGUGCAAGAUACAGGGUUCAUUGAGGAAGUUAUUCAUGCGCCACUAAGAUUUGCAGUGUCGUACUCCGGUUUUGGAGCGAGCACCAAUGCGCUGUAUCAAGCGUUCUAUGAGCCGAAAAUACGAACGCCGAUGUGUCAUUUCCUUGGGUCCGUGGAUACGGUGGUAGAGGAAGCGAGGAGUCUGCGAUUAGUCGACGCUUGUAUACACGGGAGGGGAAAAGAGGGCGGUGUCCCAAGAGUAAUCUAUCAUCCUGGCGGUCAUUUCUUACCAAGCAGUCAAAAGCAGUAUGUCGCGGCUCUUGUAGCCUUCAUACGAGAAGUACUUGGAGAAACCGACCAAGCCGCCAGCAACGGGAAGCAAGAACAGAAAGUCGAGGACAUGGACGUGCCAUUCUAG